UGGCCAGAGAUUUGACGCGGAUCUCUCUGCGCUUUUUCCUUGAAGUGAGCAUGCCAAAAGGGCUUUGAAACUAAAAUUGUUCUGUUGGAACCGAAACUCUAGCGAAGUGCAUUUUAAAUAGAGAGAAGUCAUGUGCUGGGUUAGACUGGCUUUCAUAUCCUUAACUUAAAACCUUCUCUCUUCAAAUGUCACCCUGAAAGGAUGUUCUGGGCUGGUCUUUCACUUCAGUGUUGCUUUCAGGCUUCUUGUGUUAAUGAACUCUACAUAGUUGCUGGGUCCUUAGGAAAAAAGAACAAUCAAUGAUGCCUCGUGGGUUGGUUUUGCUGCCCUUCUCAGGAGCCUUCCUGUAUAUUCUGCUGCUGCAGUCACCCUCUUGGUUGUGUUUCAUAUGCUCACUGGCAGCUCCAUCCUGUACUCUAGAACUUCUCCCAACUGCUGCUAAGGGAUAUAUAACCUCCCUUCCUUUUCUCUGCAGGAUUUUAGCUGAUGCGAAAGUGAGGACAGCAAGUGGUCUUUUGUUUUCUUUUCCCUCCUGUUAGCCUACCCACAGAUUUUGAGUAGGACAUAAGACCCUAGUGCAAUAAAGUGGAAGCAAAUAAAACAGCCACAUGUUCUUUGCCUUCACUUGAAACUAAACAUGUAGAUUGAGAUCUAAAUUUGAACAAAGAAAACAGGUAUGUAAAAUAUGGACAGCAUGAUGGCUAAUGUCAAAGGAAGGUUUUUACCUGAAUUACUUCUCUGUUUCUCUGCUGCCUGUCUUCCAAGCAAGCUUUUGUCAUGCUAAUGAAAAUCAAAAGAUGGGCAAGAACAAAACAAAACAAAAAAACCUUCCUGUAAUCGCCCUUCUGUAUGCAUGGAUGCUCUCUGAUAAGUUCAUAUAGGCUAUUAUGUCACCUGCGCACACCAAACUGUGAUGUCAGUUUAUGCUGCCUGGAUAUCAUAAUGUGCUGGUAUGAUAAACAAGGAAAUCUAUCCUUAAUGAUGUAGGGAAUUUUGAUUAGAGGAAUUUCCAGGGGAGGGAGGAAUUACUACCGGAUCUAGACUCCAGUCCUAAGAGAGGAAAGGCUCACAGACUUCUACUCGGGACUGGAUUCAUAAUUAUGUCUUUUUUGCCCCCACGGAUUUUCAGUGUCCAGCUCCAUCUAGCUGAAACUAAUGAGAUCUUUUCACUGCCUCAAUGCCAAAAUGACUUGACUUUGAAGAAGCUUAAGCCCCAUUUGGAAUUACUGACUGGGAUACCCCUUAAUUUCCAGCGGCUUCAGUACCUGGAUGAAGUAGAUCUGCCAGAUGAUUCUACAUUUAAGGACAAUGAGAUCGUCCCUGGUGGAACAAUUACGAUGCGCGUCUGGCGACAAGAUGGCUGGGGGCGUCUUGUGGCAGCUGCUGCAAAAGGAGAAACCGGGAAGCUAGCCCGUCUGGGAGUUACGGAGGACUUUGCAGGCUCCACUCCAUACGCAGAGUUCCUGGGGCCGGAGCGGAGGAAGGAGUGGGUAGCGCACCGAGCUUCUGUGGCACUGUUUGUUGCCAGCCAUAGGGGCUGUGUCAGAACUGCUGAGUUUCUUCUGAGACAUGGUGCGGAUUUGCAUUCGAAAACCCCGCUGGGAAGGACUGCUCUUCACGUUGCUGCUGUCGCGGGCCGGUGUGCCUGCAUUGAACUGCUGCUUAGCUACGGGGCGCAAGCUUUUGACCCAGAUCGCGAGGGACAAACUGCAGUGAGCCUUGCCCGCUUGUGGGGCCAGAAGCAGAGUGAACACACCAUGUUCCGCUUCGAGUGGAAGAAAAAAGUAGCUGGUGCUGUGCCAUCCAUCAUCUCUGAAUCAAGCCUUGCGGAAGACAUCUGAUCCCAUGUCCUAAAAUACAUAUGGGCUAACUUGGUUCUGGCAAGUUUCAGUGGACAGUCAGUAAUUUUCCUAGAGACCGCGUCUUCAAAUAUAGGUCACUGGAUGAGAUUUGUAGGGUUCAGUUAUGAAAUAAAUUCAUAUACUGGUGAUGCUGCAGCAAAGAUGAUGGCUAGCUUGGCAGCACAGCUCUCAAACGUGCUCUUAAUUUGUAGCUUAAGUAUUUGUAAAAUCGUUCCAUAGCCAGAUUGGCCAUUUAGUUAAUACAGUUUGUAGCGGGAGCGCGAGCCUGUCUGCCAGUCCUCUGGAAUGCUCCUUGCUGGGGUAAUUUCCUCAUAGUUGGCAGUAGACCAAGGCAGUGUAGUUUAAUGGGUGUUUCAGGGGACUGGAAAUCUCCAGAUCUUUAAUCCAGUUCUGCCCCUGACUGGCUUUAUUGCCUCUGGCCGAUCAGUUAAGGCCUAUUUUAUAAGUAGGGGAGUCUGUCUGCCAUGGGAGGGUGCAAGCAAAGCUUAUGUGCCUGUAAGUGGCUAAAUGAUUGCCUAAAGUCAAAAUCAGUGCUUUCUUACUGUCUCCAAAUUUUUAGGCCUCCAAGCUUUGGUGGGGUUCAUGGAGUCAGCGGCAGGGUGAAAGGACCCACUGCUCAUCUGCUUUCAGGCUUUGUUGGUGUCCCAGCUUCUUUAGAUGCUUUAGAAAUAAAAAUACUAUUUGUGGUCUC